CAUAUGGGUGACAGCAGUGCUCAAGACUGUUUCAUCUGGGAAGAUCAAGCAUGGACGAUGACCAAUUCUGAUAACUCUGGAGAGAAAUCCGGCCAAUGUAAGUUACCAGGUUCCGGUACCGCCGAUUCCCAGCUGCCGCCUACCGGGAGGAAGAGGCCUCGUGCGUCGGAAAGUAACGGUGACGGCGGCGACGGCGGCAGAGGUAAAGGAAUUGAAGCAAAAGGCGGCGGCAGUGGCGGCGGUGGAGGAGCUGAGUCUGAUCAUGAGGUACAUAUUUGGACGGAGAGAGAGAGGAGGAAGAAGAUGAGGAAUAUGUUCUCCAAUCUCCAUGCUUUGCUUCCUCAACUUCCUCCAAAGGCGGACAAAUCCACCAUUGUUGACGAAGCUGUGAACUAUAUCAAAACCCUACAACAGACUUUGCAGAAGCUGCAGACUCGAAAGCUGGAAAUCCUCCAUGGAUUUAACUCCAAUAAUCCAUCGCCGUCCAUUUUCGGAUCACAGAAACUCAACGCCGAGCUCACUACGAGGGAGGCGUUCCUGGCCGAUCAUCAUCAAGGAUCUUCCGACGGUCUGCCUUCCUUCAUCGGAUCAUCAUCCGCCCCGCCUCAGCCGCCGGCGUUCCAGACCUGGACUUCUCCGAAUGUUAUCCUAAAUGUGUGCGGCGAUGAUGCUCAAAUCAGUCUUUGCUGUCCUAAGAAGCCCGGCCUCUUUCCGGCCAUUUGCUUCGUUCUGGAGAAGCAUAAAAUCGAGGUGGUUUCUGCUCAGGUUUCAUCGAAUCAUCAUCGCACCAUGUAUAUGGUUCAAGCUCAUGCUAAUAGGCCGUGCGAGGAUCUGUUCUCAGAAAUGUCGGUUUCAGUGGAGGAGAUGUACAAACAGGCUGCCGGAGAGAUCAUGAUGUGGAUAGCAAACCAGUAUUGAACAAUCCCAUUGCUGUAAGAAUAUAUACAGUAGAAAUUAGGGAUCGAAGUGUGGUUGUUUGCUUGUUUUACUUGGACUACAAGUAGUAGUUUCUUUAUCUACCAUAUAUAUAUGGAAUCAACUCUUGGGCAAGAGUUAUGUUUUAA